AUGGCGUAUUACUCGAGAUGGAAGUUCAACUUGUGUCAAAUUCGAAGAGAUACCCACAACUUUGAUAUAAUAAACCAUCAGCACGAGGUAAGAUCUCGACUAUAGAAUGUGAUUUGUCCCCAAUAUCGGCGCCGAAUUUGAGAUUUUAGCCUCUAAUUUUGGGUAAUUUUUUAGUAUAUUCGGAUCGCCUUAGCAUACGGGCAUCUUUCAGUGGGCUUAGUUUAUUUAUAUUUUUAUGUUUGUCCACGAUCUUGCAGUCAUGAACUAUUAAAAUGUAUCUUAAUAUUAUGGUAUAGAAAUGUUUUGCUGACAUUUGUUUGUUUUCCUGCAGCGCACCUCUAGAUUUUUGCAAAUUUCGGGUACGGAAUCGGCCUCAAAACGGGUGUCUAGUCUAGAAAACGAAAUCGGUCUUGUAUCUGAACGGAAAAAAGAUUGAGCUCAAAAGAAUACCCAUUUUGAAACUUACACAUCGAGUCCUUUUAAAUGAAAAAUUAAGAAGGACUUUUAAUUUCUGAUGCGAAAACGAUUGGACCGCUCUUAGGCGGACGACAGCCUCUUAAGAUUGGAGCAGCAGUGAUUGUAUGUACGGAUGACAAGAAUAGAGGGAAAGCCAUCUUGGCUGUCGUCCUGCAAUUGUACCCUGGUUCCGAUGGUCAAAUUCGAGCAGUGUUCCUGAAGACCAAGAAUGGAACGAUUGAACGGCCCGUGCAACACCCAUACCCCUUAGAGCUGCAGUGUGGUAUUGUGAACAGAGACACUCCUAAAGUUAACCAGCUCAAUCCGAAUCCAGAACCUUCAAACCAAAGAGAGCUGCAGCUGUAGAAGCAUUGAAGAAGAUGAGGAGAAUGACGGAGAUGGACGAAGAUAAGUGACAUUAUAUCAAAACAACAGUAUAGAACAUUUUGUUAAAACGUUACAUAGCAAUCUCCUUAUUUUAUAUGCAAAAUGAUAUAAACAUUGCAUGGAGGAGUGUGUCGGAGACUGCCAGACAUUCUUAAUUUAGAACUAUAACCUAGAGUAAUUUAUGAUCCUUUUAGUUGAUUAACAUGGUGUGUUGAAUGAUUAGUUAAUGACAUUUUAGAUAUAAUCGUGUGGGAAUGUGAGAGAGAUAUUGAACUGCGAUCGUCAUGAACCUGUGAAUUCAAGCGUUGUUAUAAAUAUAUAUAUAAAAAUCGUUUCAUUGUAUUUGUUGUUGUUCAAAACCUAUUAGUAAGGGUACAAUUUACUAAAAUUUCUGGCUAUAUCUACAUCCAUCACGCUCUCACUUUUCCCUUGUAUUUUAUAUUUAAUUAUGAACUGAUUAAACAUUGCAUUUUCUUCUAGGGGAAGAAGAAACCCAUGAAUUCUACCAACCAUUGACUGCAGCCUUUGAGGAAGCAAGAUGCUUAAUCGAUAGCAAAGUUGAAAGAUUGGACCAAUUCUUGAAAAGUUGCAAGGAGAAAUUUGGCAAGAGUGUGCAUGAAGACCAUCAGAAAAAGAAGGCAGCUAAGAAUGCAAAGAAAGCAAGGAAAAAUCAGAACAACAAACUAUACUUUAAAGCAGGGUAA